AUGUCCUCACAGAAGAAAGCCCCCUCGUCAAUCGGCGGCGGCGGCGGCUCGCAAUCCACCCUCCUCAGCUUCUUCUCCAAACCCGCGCCCUCCUCGUCCUCCUCGUCGCACCUCGCUUCCUCGUCGCCCGCUACUGCGCGUAAGCCGCUCGCAAAGCCCAAGUCGAUGCCGGUGAAGAAGGGUGAGGUCGUCACGCUUGAGAGCAGCGAUGUUGAGGCGGAACCGAACGAGGAGGAGGCGAAGGUCAAGGUCCCCUCCAAGCGCCCUGCACCCGCACCAAAACCCAAAUCCCCUCUCCCUCCGUCCUCGACCGCCGUCAACGACGCCAGCGGCUCUGGCUCAGACUCGGACGAAGCUGUCUCGGCUGCGAGGAGGAAGAGACCUUCGCUUGGACGGGGCGUGAAGGGUGGGAAGGGGGUCGUUGUCGACUCUGAGGAAGAGGACGAGGAAGAUGUCAAGCCCCUCAAGAAGGCCGCGACGAGCGGCAAGUCGUUGACGAACGGGAAGGGCAAGGCCGGGGCGAACAAGUCGAAGAAGCAGAAGAAGGGAGGGGACGACGACGAUUUCGCGGCUAGCAGUACCGCCGGCGAGGACAGCGACGACUACUUCGACGACGGCCUCGACGACGCACUCGCCAACCUCUCCGACUCGUCCUCCCACUCCGCCGCCUCCUCAUCCUCCACUCCUCCGCCCAAAUCCAAGACGAAGGCCAAAGCCGCGCCCAAGAAGGCAGCUCCGAUGUCGAGGCAGACGAGUUUGGGUGGAUUCGGCGCAGGCGCGAGGCCGCAACUCAAGAGUGCGGGGAGCGGGAGUGGUGGGAUUGGGGGAAUCAAGACUGCUGCUGAGACGGCGAGGGAGAAAGCGAAGCAGGACAAGCAGUCGAACGAGGAGAUGUUCAGCUUCCUCGUCGACCCGAAGGACAUCGACGGCAACCGCCCUGGCGAGCCCGGCUAUGACCCACGCACGCUCUACAUCCCGCCCGCGGCAUGGAAGCAGUUCACGCCGUUCGAACACCAGUUCUGGGAGAUCAAGCGGUACCACUACGACACGGUGCUCUUCUUCCAGAAGGGCAAGUUCUUCGAGUUGUACGAGGAGGAUGCGGCCAUCGGACACCGCGAGUUCGACCUCAAGUUGACGGACCGCGUCAAGAUGAAGAUGGUCGGCGUCCCCGAGACCUCGUUCGACUUCUGGGCCGCCAAGUUCCUCGCUCAGGGGUACAAAGUCGGCCGUGUCGACCAAUGCGAGACAGCUCUCGGAGCCGAGUUGCGCAACAAGGACGACAAGAAGGCGGGCAAGACGGCGGGAAAGGCGAAGCAGGCCAAGGGGAAGGAGAUUGUGCGACGAGAGUUGAAGAGCGUGUUGACGAGUGGGACGAUCGUCGAUGGCUCGAUGCUCACGGACGACAUGUCGAACCACUGUGUCGCCAUCAAGGAACACACGCCUACGCCAAUGUCGCCGCCUUCGUUCGGCGUCUGCGUCCUCGACGCCUCAACCGCCGAGUUCUCCCUCUCCUUCUUUACCGACGACGCCUCGCGCACCGAACUCGAGACGCUCGUCCGCCAGCUCAAGCCCAAAGAGCUCAUCCACCAGAAGGGCAACUUGUCCGUCUCGACGCUCCGCUUGCUGCGCAACUGUCUCGGGCUGGAGUGUCAGUGGACUGCGCUCAAGGAGGGGAAGGAGUUCCUCAACGCUGAGGAUGCGAAGGAUGAGGUGGUCAAGCUGUUCGUGGCCUCGACGAAGGGCGGAGCCGGGGAGGGCGACGAGGAGGAGAUGGAAGUCGACGGUCAGGACGACGAGGACGUCGUGCCCGAGUCGAUCCGCAAGAUGUACGACAAGCCGGUCGCGAUGAGCGCUCUUGGCGGCAUGAUCUGGUAUCUCCGUCAAUUGAACCUCGACGCCGACCUGGUCACCGCACGCAACUUCAACAUCUACGACCCGCUCGGCCGCUCGAACGGCACGCUCAUCCUCGACGGGCAGACGCUCGCGCACAUCGAGGUCCUUCAGAACUCGCAGGGAACGACCGAGGGUACGCUGCUUCAGCUCUUGAGCCGCUGCGUCACGCCGUUCGGGAAGAGGCUUUUCAAGGUUUGGCUUUGCGCGCCGCUGAGGGAUGCGACGGCUAUCAACGACCGCCUCGACGCCGUUGAAGACCUUCUCGGCAACGCCAACUUCGCGGUCGCCUUCGACGGCAUGGCGAAGAAACUGCCCGACCUCGAGCGCAUGCUCAGCCGCGUCCACGGCAAGACCUGCAAGAAGAAGGACUUCAUCGCCGUCAUUGAGGCCUUCGAGCGCAUCACGACUGGACUGAAGACGCUCGGCGACCUCAGCGAAGACUUCAAGUCGCAGGGCAUCCCGGACCUGAUCCGCUCGGUCCCCGAUGUCAGCGAGCUGCUCGAGGAGAUGCAGGGCUUGUACAUCUGGGACGAAGAGGCCGGAUCCCUUCAUCCGGCGGACGGCAAGGACGAGGACUUUGAGCGCGUCCGCCAAAAGGUCGACGAGGUCGAGGAAGAAUUGCAGCAGGAGCUUCGCUCCGCCCGCAAAUCGCUCAAGUGCCCGGCCGCCAUCUUCAAGCACAUCGGUACGAAGGACAUCUUCCAGCUGGAGGUGCCCGUGAAAGUCAAGGUGCCGAACAACUGGACGAAGAUGAGCGGCACCCAAAAGGUCCACCGCUACUACUCGCCCGAGAUCGCAAGGCUCGUCGCGCAGCUCAAGGAGGCCCGCGAGCGCAUGCAAAUGGUCGUCAACGACUUCCAGUUCAAGCUCUACGGCGAGUUCGACAAGCACUACACGACCUGGAUGACGGUCAUCCGCGCCGUCUCGCAGCUCGACUGCCUUCUCAGCUUGUCAAAGAGCUCUGCUGCGCUUGGCGAGCCUUGCGUUCGCCCCGAGAUCGUUGAGAGCGACACGGCCAUCGUCGAGUUUGAGGAGCUUCGCCACCCUUGCAUCCUCAGCGCGUCGACCGACUUCAUCCCAAACGAUGUCGUCCUGGGCGGCGAGGCGAAGAACCUGAUGCUCUUGACCGGUCCCAAUAUGGCUGGCAAGAGUACCCUGCUGCGCAUGGCUUGCACCGCCGUCAUCAUGGCGCAGCUCGGCUGCUUCGUUCCUGCGGCGAGCGCUCGCAUUGCGCCGAUCGAUGCCAUCUACUCGCGCAUGGGCGCCAACGACUUCAUCUUUGCCAACGCCUCCACCUUCAAGGUCGAGAUGGACGACUGCAACAAGAUCCUCCAGAAGGCCACGCCUCGCUCGCUCGUCAUCCUCGACGAACUCGGGCGCGGGACGUCGACGUACGACGGCAUGGCGAUCGCCUACGCUGUCCUGCACCGUCUUGCGACGCACAUGGGCUGUAUCGGCUUCUUCGCAACUCACUUCACCUCGUUGACCGAGGACUUCGCCUACCACCCCGAGAUCCGCCUCGCCAACAUGCAGACGAGCGUCAACGACGAGACGCGCGAAGUUGUCUUCCUCUACAAGCUGAUCGACGGCUCGUCGCCCAAGUCGUACGGUCCGCACGUUGCCGCGAUGGCCGGUCUCUCCGAAUCCAUCGUCGAGCGCGCCAUCGCCAUCUCGAAGCAGUUUGAGGAGACGUCCCGCGCUCGCGAGCUCGCCAUGCGCGCGAAUGAGACGCUCCCGCUCACUGCCCAAGCCGACGCGGCGUUCCUCAUCAAGCUCGCCAAGCUCAAGCUCGCCGACGGCAAGUACACGGGCGACACGAAGCAGCUGCUCAGGACGCUGGACAUCGUGCGCAAGGCUGUCGGCGCCAUCAAGGAGACGAGGGCGGCUGCCUGA